AUGUUGGGUUGUGGGUAUAUUUCUAGAGAGGUUGCUGAUGAGUAUGAGAAGCUGGUCAUUCGAAUGAACCCACCAAGAGUUACAAUGGACAACACUUCCAGUAGCGAAGUAACGGUGGUCCAGGUAGACAGUGCUAAUCGGCAAGGGAGCUUACUGGAAGUGGUGCAAGUCUUCUCUGAUAUGAAGCUCAACAUCAAGAAGGCUUAUAUUACCUCCGACGGAAGAUGGUUCAUGGAUGUGUUCCAUGUUGUGCAUGAAGAUGGAAAUAAGCUUUCAGAUAUAGAAGUCGUUGCUAAAAUUGAGGAGUCCCUUGAAGCAAGAGCACUAAGACAUCGGUCUAUAAGCUCAGUUGGCAUCCAAGCUGCAGCGAAGCACACCACCAUUGAACUCGCCGGGAGGGAUCGGCCCGGACUGCUCUCCGAUAUCUCUGCUGUUCUCACAGAUUUGAAGUGCAAUGUGGUAGCCUCAGAGGCCUGGACCCAUAAUUCAAGGAUGGCAUUGUUGAUCUAUGUUACCGAUGUAGCCACUGGAAAACCGAUCGAUGACCUCAAACGGCUGUCAGAGAUAAAGCACCUUCUCGGCUAUGUCCUCAAAGGAAACACAGACAAAGAGAUUGCAAGAACAGCAAUUUGCAUGGAACCAACGCAUUCCGGGAGGAGGCUGCAUCAGAUGAUGUUUGCUGACCAACAGUAUCACGAAGGUGACACCGACCAGGGGAAAGAGGGCGCCGGCGACGAGAACAGACCCCUUGUCACGGUAGAGAAUUGGGAACAGAAGGAGUAUACAGUUAUCAAUAUACGGAGCAAGAACCAUCCAAAUCUUGUCUUCGAUACAGUCUGCACCAUCACUGACAUGCAGUAUGUCAUCUUCCAUGCAACCAUCAAUGCAGAAGGACCGCAAGCGUAUCAGGAAUACUACAUCGCGAAAAGUGAUGGAUGCGCAGUGAACUCUGAAGGAGAGAGGAAGCUAUUAGCGCAUUGCUUGGAAACUGCGAUCAAGCGAAGAACCACAGAGGGCAUUAGGCUGGAGUUGUGUUGCCAAGAUCGAGCUGGCCUCCUGUCGGAUAUCACUCGUAUCUUCAGAGAAUAUGGCCUGUCAGUCACUCAGGCACAAGUCACAACGAUAGGAUCUCAGGCUGUGAACACAUUCUAUGUCAUGGAUGCAUCAGGAAACCCAGUCCAGUGCCAUACCAUCGACGCCGUGAGGAGCCACAUUGGGCAGACUAUUCUACAUGUCAAUGGUACUGCUACUGCUGCUGCAGGGCGAAGCUGUCCACCAAAGCACAAUGGAAGAAGGCUUGCUCUGGGUGAUCUCUUCAGAUUCAGUUCACAGAAGUUCCUCCACAACCUGGGGCUGAUAAAAUUACAGUCGUAA